UAGAGGGAGCAAUAGGUGUGAUAUGGAGAAGCAGAUGCAAUAGGGGUCUGUGGAGGGGUACAGGUGGGACAUAGGGAGAUAUGAGGUUAUAAAAGGCUGUAGGGGAGCUACAGGAGGCUUACAUAAGUUCUAGUAAAGUAUAGGGUAAUAUGAGGCUAUGACGGGGCUAUAGGGUAAUGUGGGGAGAGGAGGCAUAGGUAAAGGCACAGAUGUAGAAACGAUAAGGGGGAUAAAGGGGGCCAAUGGGUGGAUAUAAAGUAACUUCAGGGGGCUGAAAGAAAAAGUAAUAAAAUAAAAAGUAAGAAAAGAUAAAAAGUCUAAAAAAGAAAAACCAAGCAAGAAACAAACAAGCAACAACAACAACAAAAAUGGGGAGGGUUGUAAGGAAAAUAGAAAGAAAGAGGAAAGAAAGAGAAUAAAAAGUGAAAAGCAGUGCAUGUAAAUGUAGAGAAAGCAAGUAGGAAAGCUAACCAUAGCACAGCAAAGCAAGGCAAGGGAAAGAAUGAAACAGUGCAACCUUGCAGGAAUGGAGGAAAGGGGAAGAGCUGAGCCCUGGCUUGCCACAGGAGCUGCGCGGAAGGAGAAGAAGCUGGGCCCAAAGCCCGGCCGUUCCAGCACUCCACAUGACAGUCAGUGGCCUCCUGCUGCUCUGCAUGGCUGGGAAUCCUCCCCCAGCACGGCAGCGAGCCCAGGGGCAGCGGCCCAGGUGGCGGAACAGACGUGAGCUGCCAAUGCUCAGCCUGGUGCCCUGAGCUCACAAUGCUCAGCCUGGUGCCGUGAGCUCACAAUGCUCAGCCCACACCCCAGGCGUUCCGUGCCGGCCGGCGGCACUCACUUGGCUGCAGCGCUGGUGGUGGCAGCAUGGCACGAGUGUGGGGGGCCGCGGCCCCCGCCCGCCUUGCUCUCCUCCUCCUACUGGCGGCCACGUGUUCCCAGGAGACUGGUGCUGCUCCGUGGCGAGCACCAGCAGAUGACGCUGAUGCUCCUUAUCCAGAGGAUUGGGUGGACACUGCUUUUGUGCCUCAGGGGAACCCCAGAGGUCUUCUCGGUGAAUUAGCAGAGCGGAGUCCUGUUGCUGAGCCUGGGCUGGAUGCCAGAGGUCCUGAGGUAUGGAAAGAGACAUCGAGAACUGGAAAAUAUCCGCAGAGGCUCUCCCAUGUCCUGAAGAAAAUCAUGAAGGAGAAGGCAGCGCACGAGGCAGACGGAGAGCCUGAGCACAGGGAUGCAUUUCAGGCAGGCAGCCGUCGCACAGCGCACGUCCUUCUGGGAGAAACAGAGGCCAAGCACACGACUGGCACUCCAGUGCUGUUAAAGCCCCAGGAAGCCCUGUACAAAUGGAUCCGUGGUUUUUUUCAGAAGAAUCCAGGUGUGGAUGACGAAGGACAUGCAAACGCCAAGCAAGUUAAAGAUGCACAGAAGUUGUACCUGGAACUUGCCGCAUCUGUGCCAGUUUCCCUGUUGCUAACAAUGAUUCUGUGCUGCGUUCUUUUCUGGUGGUGCAGGAAGAGAAAGCAGCGCCUCGCUGCAGCUGACGGAGCGCGGGACGAUAGCAGCAGCUACAGCUCGCCGUCAGAGGAGGAGUCUGCUGACCUCGAGUGGCCCAACAGACAGACAAACCAUGAACUAUCUGCGUGGGAACAACCUGCCCACCAGCCGCAGGGCACCAGCAGAGCGGCCCCUGCCAGGCUGGACAGCCGCCGGGCUCAGCUACCCCCGCCUCGACCCCCGCGGCCCCCCAGCCCGGGCUCUGCAUUGCGGGGGAUCAGCGACAGGCCCAGCAGCCCCCGGCCCCAGCGGGCAUCAACGCCACCCCCUCGUCCUCCUCCACCAUCCUUCAAGGGACGGAAGGAACCAGCCGGGGGCGGAGGCUUGCGGUCAUCGUCCAGCACCGAACCGAUUGUUCCCCAGCAGAUGAGAAACAGGCCCAGCAGCCCCCAGCCCCAGCAGGCAUCAACGCCUCCCCCUCGUCCUCCUCCACCAUCCAUCAAGGGACGGAAGGAACCAGCCGGGGGUGGAGGCUUGCGGUCAUCGGCCAGCACCGAACCGAUUGCUCCCCAGCAGAUGAGCGACAGGCCCAGCAGUCCCCGGCCGCAGCGGGCAUCAACGCCGCCCCCCCGUCCCCCACCACCAUCCUUCAGGGAACGGGAGCGGUCUCCUCAGCAUGUCCGCUUGGGGGCAUCAUCCAGCACAUGGGUAACCACUGCCUCGGGGGAGCCUGAGAGACUCAGCAGCCCCCAGCCCCCCCCGGCACCACCUCUGCCCCCCUCCUCCUCUCCACCAUCCUUUAGGAGGUGGGAGCAGCGUCCCCAGGUUCUCAGCUCGGGGGCAUCAUCAUACCCCUGGAAAACCACUGCCAGGGGGAAACAGACCAGGCCCGGCAGCCCCCAGCCCCCCCCAGCGCCGCCUCUGCCAUCCCCGUUCCCUCCAUCACCUGUCAGGGAAUGGAAGCGAUCCGCGCAGAGUGCCGACUCAGGGAAACUGUCCGACAGGACAGCCGCUGCCAGGGGGAAGCAGGACCGGCCCAGCAGCCCCCGGCCUCCCUGGGUGCCGUCACCAGCCUCCCGUUCCCCUCUGCGAUCCUUCAGGGGACGGGAGUGGCCCCCCCAGGCCUCCCCGCGGCCCUCCCCCUCCUCUCCACCAUCCUUUAGGAGGUGGGAGCAGCCCCCCCAGGGUCUUGGCCUGGGGGAAUUAUCCAGAAGACCAACAACUGUGGCCUGGGGGAAGCGUGAGCAGUUCACCAGCCCACAGCCGCCCCGAGCACCAUCCUCUCCCUCCCCUCAAGCAUCUUUCCGGCGGUGGGAGUGGCCCCCCCGGGGCAUCAGCUCAGGGGCUUCAUUAGAUAAGUGGAAGACCACUGCGAGGGGGAAACAGACCUGGGCCAGCAGCCCCCAGCACCCCCCAGCACUACAUCUGCCCUUCCGCUCUCCUCCACUCUCCAUCGGAAGGUGAGAGCACCCCCAGCAUGCGGGUUUGGGACACCGUCGGACAUCCGCAGAACCGCUGCUGUCAUGUACCUGAGAUUACCAAUAAACAACAUAACACCA